AAAAAAUGCGAUAAAGUAGAAAUCUGCGGGAGCGAGCGGAGCGUCAUUCGUGGUUUGGUGCGUGUGUUUUUAUUGUUAAUUUAGAUGGAAAAUUGUACAAAAUAAACCUAUUGACCGGUGUAGCACGUUCUCCAUAUUGUGCCGACCAGACAACGAUGUAAACAUUGUGCGAAAGUGUUCAGGUUCAGGUGCCAUACAGUAUGCGGUAUGUGAAUAUGGCGCUGGCUUGGUGGUAGUGAUGGUACAGAUACGGAAACAAUAGAAACGAUCUCUGGCCGUUUCCGUACGCCAAAUUGAUGCGUGCGUUCGUGUGUGCGUGUGUUAGGAUGAUACAAUGGCAGUUGCGCUUUGUGUUUAGACUAAACCGGAAUUGCGGUACGGAUCAACCACGGCAAUCUGUUUACACUGUGCGUAGCCAGACAGUCAGCCACAUAGCGCAGCAUAAAAUCUUCCUGGACGAAGAAAACGAAACGUGAAAACUGUGCCUGUUCCAGGUACGGAGUAGGUGCAGCCGAGAAUCGAAAACGGAACAAAAGAAACGAAGCGGCAGCCCAGUGUCCAGUGUUCAGAGUGGGUGUCAUACAUACAGUAAAGUCCAAACACACCGAACAACGUUUGGUGUGGUUCACACAAACACACAAGCACAUUUUCUCGCUCUCGAAUGCACACAUCACCCCAGCUCCCUCAGCCAGAAUAAAACAAAGUAAAGAAGUGUGUGUGUGUGUGGGAGCGUGACUGUGUGCCUGCACGGUGGAAAAUGGUACGGAAAGUGUUGUUGCCCGUGAUGGUUUUAUGCUUUCCUACCACUAUCGCAACAGCGCGUACAGCAUUCAGUCGCAGCACAGCUGUGUGGGGGAAAGUGUAGAAAAAGAAAUGAAAAGCGCGCUGUAGGGGGAAGUGGCACGGUUGAGUGUAGUAGUGGCGAGAAAAAGGCGUCGCUCACGCACAGUCGCGCGCGUGGUGGCUGAAGUUUUAGUCGCGUUUGAAGAGGCACGCCGAGAGCAAGCAAGCAAGCGAGCAGCAGCAGCAGCCUGCCAUCCGUGAAGAGAGUGCGUCGUGAUUCUGUGUGUGGUGGGCUCAAGGCACACAUACGCGCGAGAGUGCGAAAUCAAAACGGGUCCAGCCAUAGAUUCUGGUGUGUGCGUCUAGAGUGUAUGUGUGCGCGCGUGUGUGUGUGUAGAGCUGUGUGUUUCUUUUCCUUUUCCAUACAUUCUGGAAAACGAUCCAAGUACACACAGGGUGAGGAAAAAAUGCGGAUGAAUCUAUAAAUCUAAACUUGAAGAAUCUCUAGUGUUUUGCGAUAGAAAGGAAGGCGCCCAGUGGGGGUAACGUAGCGCAAGUGCAAAUAUUUUCGAUUUUUCUUCAGUUCAACGAAAAAAAAAACACAACCGAAGAGAAAAGUCAGUUCAGCAGCUGUGCUGUGGUGGCAGUACGCCGAUUGACAAGCGCACGGCAAGAAGAGCUGACACAUCCUUCAGGAAUACGGUGGACGAAACGAACAGUGCGAAAUGUCUAGCUGGGCCCAGCGGAUGCACCGCCGGGCGGCAACCUUCGGCAGCGUGGUAACGUCCUGCGGCCACCCGGGCACCCCCUACCCGCACCGGCUCGAGAAGGUGAAGUUUGGCGUACCGCUGGAAGAGGUGUGCAAAAACGAUAUCCCCGGACCACUGUUGGUGUUGAUACUGAAGCUCAACAAGGAGGCUCCGUGCCGGAAGGAUGUGUUCCGGGCGCCCGGUAAUCAGGGUGCGAUGAAGAAGCUGAUCCACUUCCUGCAGCAGGGCCGGCUGGUGAACGUGGACAACUAUUCGGUGUACACGAUCGCGAGCGUGCUGAAAAAGUUCCUGCGAAAGAUCCCGGGCGGUGUGUUUGGGCGGGAGGGUGAGGCGGAACUGUUCCAGAUAGUGGACCUCGACGAUGAGGUGCAGCAGCAGGAGAAGAUUCACAGACUACUUAUGUCACUGCCAGGCCACACGCAGCGUUUGCUGGUGUUGCUGUUUGGAACAUUCCGCGUGAUCGCCAGCAACUCCGAACGCGCCGAAACGGGCAUGACGAGCGAAGCGCUCGGAGUCUCGGUGGCGCCCAGCUUCUUCCAGUCCUGUGUCAGCGACGGCAAAACGGCACGGAUGAAGGAUGUGCUGCGUUUUAAGGCGGAAGUUCACGUGGCGACCAAGAUAAUGAAGCAGAUGAUAGAACAAUUCACUGCCUGUGAUCUGUUCGGACGCGUCAACUACGAGUAUUAUGCACGGGUAACCGGGCGUGUCCUGCGAGUACAAGACGAAUGGAUAUGCUCGUUCCGUUAUCCACCGCCGCCGCGAGGCAAGACGGCGCAACAGCAUUAUGCACUAAAACUAGCUCUAGAGACCGAAAAAACCUGGCUACAGUGCGAAUGCGAACGAUGGGGUCUAAUCGCCCAGGAAGAAUCGCACUCAACGCCGGCCCUAUUGACGACGGGCGGUCCGAACGUAGGUAACUCGGCUGUAUCUCUCGGCAUCAUUCCAGAGCACUCAUUGCUUGAAUCAUGCGCUCGGCUUUCUGUGUCGCUUGAAGGCCCAGGGAUAUUCAAUGUGCAAAAGUCCAGCUGCUCCUCGUCGUCCCAUUCGUCAUCGUCCAACACGCGGUCCGGCUCGCAGCAUCACAUGACCAUGGACGAGCUGCGGGCCGUUAAUCGGUACGCGGAGAGUACCAAGAGCCUUUCCUACCUUCCGCAGAAACAAUCAUCGAUCAUCUCUGUUCCGCCGACUGUUGUCAUCACGCUUUCGAUGCAGAACCCAGAACAACACGUGCACGAACGGCAAGCGGCAAGGAUGCGCACCCGGUCCGAAUGGUUCCUCGGAGCGCGGGGCAGCUCGCUCGAGCUGUGCCACGACGGUACCGGCUCGUUGCUACAUCCACAGAUUGUGACGUCGACGCCGAUCCCGGGAGCGAUCGGUCACGGCCAUCAUCAUCCGCACGGAAUAAUCGUGGGAAACGUCGGUUUGAGUGCAUCGGCGGAAUCGGUCCAUCAGUCGUCGGCUAAGCGUCCCAGCCGGCGCGCUGGUUCCCGCCACGGUCACCUGCAUCGAUCCUCAUCGCGACGCAACAAGGAAAAUGGUUCCUCGCGCUCGAACAGCUUUCGCAAUAAGGCUAACAACGGUAGCAAGGGCGGUGCCAACACAUCUGCUUCCAGCAACAACCAUGCCACUAACGACCCGAUCAUCAACAACACAGGUCUGGCGGUGGUACAGCAAGCGGUCAUCAAUAGUGGUGGUGGCGGUGCGGGCAUUGGUGGCCCGGUACCGAUGGUGACGGCGAGUGGAACGGGCCGGGUGCGGAAACAGAGGGCCGUUUCAUUCGAGCAAACGUCAACCACAACGGCUGGCACGAUGACCAGCUCGAGCUCGGUUUCGGGAGGUUCUGCAUCCGGUAUGACCUGCCCAGUUACGGGCUGUAGCCUGAACCAUCAACCGGGUGCAGUGACUGGGCGGGGUGGUGUCGUGUGGCACGAGUAUGCCUCGAAAUCGUUGGACGAGAAGAAGUUGCUCACCAAGCAGCACAAUGUGAUGAGCGGACCCGGUAUUGCUGGUGACAGUACGAGUGGCGAAACUGCAGCGGAUGUCCCCGUCGGUCGCCGAAGUAUCGUUUCCGUGUGUGUGAACGAUCGACAGCUGCUCGACAGCGAUGACGAUUGGCAGAUGACGGACCAAAGUGCUCAACAUCAUCAGCAUUCACACCUUCAUCACCAGCAACCCCAUCAUCAUCAUCAUCAUCACCAUCAUUCGGUGAGCAACAGUGGUAAUGCGGCUGGUGCACCGGCCCCACCGGGAACGGCAACCAGUGGCUCAACGAUGAGUUCGUUACUGCAUCAUUUUAAACCGCCACGAAUAUGAUUCUAAAAGCUGACACUCUCUCCAUACGAGGUAAACUUCCGGUUUUGGCUGAGGAAAACUCUCACCGUCACAAGUCAGGUUUUAUUUUCUGCAAGCAACGAUGAUGAAACACUCGAAAGCAAUCGAAUGCGAGCCUAGCGAGCAUCCAGUGCGUUUUGUUUUUCUUCUUUUGAAUAAUAUCAUUUUAGGUAGAUUAGGCAGAGCUUUAGUAAAACCAAACGUAUCCAACGCUUUACCGAUGAGUAUCAUCAAGAACGAUUCAGUGUCGAUUUAUGUUACGAGUAGUCAUCGUCAAAUCAGCGGUAAAAAAGGAGGCGGCCUAUAGUUUCGGUUUGCCUUCCGUUUGUGAAAUUUUCCCCCUUACUUGGCCGCUUUUGCGUCACGCCAGCAAAUCAUGUAGCGUUAACGUACCGGAAACGAAGCAGAAGCAUUUUGUUGCAAAUUUUGAACCCUUUUUAUCCAACACAGAAGAAAAAAAACUCUUAUGAUAGAUUUACAUUAUGUUCGAAUGCUGACCGAUCGACUAUCGCCCCCGCCGUUCGAAGGUGACGGAGCACACGUAUGCCAAACCUAGACUACGAUGUUGUAAUUCGUGUGACAAAAGCGAACCGAAAUUUAGACUGUGCAAACGUUGGGGUAGGAGCAAAAAACACACGUUGAAAACCGAUCGUAGAGAAAACGAGUAAGUGAAGUAUUAUGGUGGGGAGCGAUCAUUAAAUUGAUGCUUUCGUCUAGCUGUUUAGUGAUAGGUACCGUGCACAAGAAAAUCGCAAUCGCAAUGAACAUUUGCCAGAGAAGAAGGACCCGCGUAUCGACUCCUAACUGCAGAGAAUCUAGCACUAUUACCACUCUCAGCUGAACAGCGGUUUUACGCGUUUCAGUUCCCUGGAGAUGGGGAGAAGAUUACGUACCCGUAGGACACUACCGCACGCGGGUACAAGCGAGAAAAAAAACCUAGGAUUAAACAUUACUACUGUAAGCUCCAGCGUAUAUAUCUGUUCGUUACAAAUUUCGAAACGGGAUCGAGAUUUUGCGUACAUAAUUAUUUAUUUGAUAAAAUCUACAUGGUACAUUCCUAACGAUGGGGAGAAGCUUAUGAGUGGACGAAUGGAAGCAAUUUUGCAGCUUAGUAAUCGUACAGAUAGAGUCGGUGAAGAUAUUGCUCAAACGUCGUGAUGAAACACGCACUCACACACACACACAUAAUUUCGAAUACUUUUUCACGAAUAUUAAAUGAGAGAAGAAUGUUAGGAAACGCCGUAUUAUUGGUUCAAAGCAUAACAAUCAUCGAUUGGUUCAAAAUUGUGUGUGUUUUGCUUCCACAAAUGUAUUUAAUUAAUUUUACCAACACCGACGACACUACUGAUGGUAGGGAGAGUUAUUUGAAUGAAUGGAAAAUCGAAUCGAGCAUUAAAGUAAGAUAUAAAAGUUGAAGAUAUGGCCGAACCAGAAGAAUAGCUGGGCAAAAAGCUGUUUGAACCGGCUUUAUGUAAUUAGAAAUUAAUUUCGAUUAAACUCCCGAAGCUUUUACGGUGAUAAAAUUAGGUUGGCAGUUUUGUUGUUGAUUUGCCUGUAAUAAUAACGAACACAAGAAAGUAUUUAAAUCAUCAGCAGUGGAGUAACGAAGCACGUUCCGUCGGAACAUUCUUCCAAGCAAACGCCGAACGAAGCGAACGAUUUGACAAGCCUGCACCGAUGAACCUGCUAGCGCCAUCUAGUGGCAAACAAUGUAAUCUGAGCCAGAAAACGCUUUAGCUCGGUUUGUGUUUGCGGAACGUAUUGAACAACAAGUCGGUUGCAGCUCGCUUUCGUUUUUAAAUAAGUACACAGAUAAAAGACACAUUUUCAGGAAUAUUACUUCUACUCGUAUGCAGCUUUGUAAUCUUUACUUAAAUGCAAAGUCUUUCGGUAAAAUUUCGGACUGCACCGUCUUACACGUCCCGCCAACGAUGCUAAUAUUUUUUUUAAACCCUGCGCUGAACGCACGUAGCCCCCAACCCGUACACGUACGUAACGAAACCAAAUGAAUUUAAGUGAGCAAAACGGUGGACGCGUGGCAGACUAAUAAACGCGAAACAAUCGAUCAAUCAUGAAUGUUACUACAAUUCUCUCAAAACGUGUGGUCAAAAGCAAGGUUCCGCGCAGCACGUGGAAAACUAAUCCAGCAUAUUGUACGAGCAUUUACCUAAGUGGAUAGAGUGGAACGUAUUUUUUUUCGGCAUGUUUAGGGAUAGUGUAGCGAAGAAGGGUGGACAUGAAAUGAUGAGGAUUCGAAUAGGACGUAUGUAACAAUGAAACUGAAACUAUUUUUGAAUCGCUUUGAAGGUAACGUUUUUUCUUCUACGUGUAUUUUAAGCACCGUGUUUUGGAAGGAAGACAUCUUGGGGAGGAGAUAGGUGGAUUUACUGACGCGUAAUGAAGAUAGUUGUGAUCAGCAAAAUUUUACUGACACCCUGACACGGAUAUUAAGUUUUUUUUACGCUGAACUGAAGGAUGAAUUUCGAUAUGAAUACUAAUUUCACUAAUACAGUCAUCUUUUCUGCUUCGUAGCUUCAGUAACGCCUCAGUUUUUUUUCGAAUUGUUCAUAAGCACUUCCAAAAAUAAUUAUUUGACAAACAAGCAAACACACAAAUUAAGGGAUAUUCGUACAAAAUUGCGCCUCCGGGUCUUCCCUGCUGUGUGCGCUCAUACAUGUGUUCAGGUCGAAGGUUUAAGUUAGUGUUUCUCUUUGUCCGAACGUAAAAAAAAACCGGAAAGCGAAAGUGUUCAAUGUACUACGUAGCACAACAAGGAAAAAAAGUAUGGAUAAUUUACUUUACAUUUAAAGCAAACCCGUGAAAGCAAACUGCACUGACAAAACUUUACUGCGGCCGUGAUGGGGCAUGCCUCCCCAAAAUGCAUGUGCUGCUGGUGAAUGAAUGAUUGAAUGAAGGACUAGAGACUAGAGAUGAUACAAAACCAAACUAAAUUUUAAAACCCUUUACGAUCGUCAAGUAAUAAUAAUAAUAAAGCAAGUCGUAUAUCGAAACCAGUUUAUUAAUCUAAGACUGAAAAAUAGAGCAA